AUGAAUGGUCACAUGAUCCAAGAUGGCGGGCAUCAAAGUUUAAUCGGGUUGGCCUUCUUUGGUGCCAUCGGGAUGACAUUUGUGGUCUUGGCCUGUGCAUUACCACAAUUCAACCUGUGGUGGCCGUUCUUCGUGGUGAUGUUCUACAUCCUGGCUCCAAUCCCAUGGUGCAUCUCUCGGCGCUACACAGAGGAGAUGUCCGACUCUGCCAGCAGCGCCUGCACCGAGCUCAGUAUCUUCCUCACUACAGGCAUCGUGGUGUCUGCCUUUGGGCUGCCAAUCGUGCUGGCAAGAGCGGGUGUAAUACAAGGUGCGGCCUGUGGUUUAACGGUAGCAGGUAAUGUUGUCGUCUUCAUCACCAUCUUGGCGUACUUCAUCGUCUUCACAAGAGAAGACGACUUCGCUUUCUCCGGCUUCUGAGUUAAGAAAACGCCUCUAAUAAUCGGAUAAUCCCACCGGUAAUUCAACAAAAGCCUGGGUGCCAUCUUCCGUAGUUUUUGCCCACUCCUUCCUUCGAAUGUCACUGGGCACCUCGGAUGCAAAAACUACGGAGGAUGGCACCCAGGCUAAUUCAACAACCCCACAGCAAACUCAUCACAGCUUCACACACCCCCAUUUAUGGAUAGUACAGCCAUAAACCUAUACUUUAACUGUC